UCCCAGAAUGCAGUCUGGUAAACAGACAUGGAAGCACCUGGUGAAGACCUCCACAGAGGCUGAGCACUGCACUCGCUCUUUCUCGCCGUGUCCUGUCCCCUUCGCCCAUUGCAUCCAGUUGAUUUCAAUCGGCCUGGCGUUUGUUUACACUUACCGGCAUCUGUAGGAUUGAUUUCUUCUUCAGUGUGUGCGGCAGCCAGUGAGACCCCAAACUGAUGUGGAUCAGCUGACUGGGUUACAAAUAAGUUACUUUUUUGCUUAUUUGCCAAGCGGAAAGAAUGUCGGAAAGGGCCGAGGAUGACGUCAGGGGGGAGCAGCGCCGAGCAGCCAGGCAGCAGCUGAAGCAGCAGCAGCAGCAGCCGAUCCAGCGGGGAGAAGGCUCCACAGCAAUGGCGACUGUUGCGGAGCGGAGAUCCUUACCGAGUCCAGAAAUAAUGGUGGGACAGCCUUGGAGCAACUGGGUCGACGCCGCCAAACUCCACGGAAACGACGGUGCUGAAUUGGAGGAAAGUUUCAAAGACUUGGGGAAAAAUCGCGAAGCCAUGCGUUUGUGCAGAGAAGAUAUGCCGAUAUUUGGCCAGUAUCCUGCGCAAGACGACUUCUACCUGGUGAUGUGCAGCCACUGUAGUCAAGUAAUCAAGCCCCAAGCCUUCCAAGCACAUUACGAGAGAAGACAUAAUUCUGCCAUCAAGUCAGCAUCCACCUCGCCCUUCACUUUGUCGGGAAGGAACAGGACCGGUGCCAGCAGUGGUCUCGGACCUGGACUUGCCUCAGGGUCUCUCGCCGGAGUGACGAGCGGAGGGAUUGUUAGCCGAACCGCUACCGCUGGAUCUAACUUCUCUUCCUCCGCAACGUCGUCAUCGUCCUCCUCCUCUUCCUCCGCCAAUCCCAAACUACUCAAACCAGCCAAAGACAAGGUGUCGGGCAUCCAGCGAAGACCUCCCUUUGCCCCGUUUAGGAUGCUGCAGCCGGACAAGAUCUCCUCCCACACGUGCACAUUUGUCUCGUCUCAUGCGUUUCUCACCGGCUCGAUGUUUCUAACGCUCAGCUUCCUCCUUGCGGCCCUCUUCAUUUCUGUCACCUUCUCUUGCAGCCUCACCCCGGCUGUCAAGGUGGAGAAGAUGCACCUGAAUCCGGACUCGUCAGCUAAGCUGGUGCAGGUCCCCUCUGCUCCCGCCACCACCUCAUCCUCCUCCUUCUCUACAUCCUCCUCUAGCACCACUGUGAGCUCCACCACUACCACCAUCACCACCUCCUCAUCCUCAGCCCUUAAACCAGGCCUUAACUGUCCCUCCAUACCAAAGCCUCCCUUACUGGCCCCGGGUCAGAUCCCCAACGGCAAAGGCCACCUGUCAAUUCUCUCGGACAAGAAGCAGGACAGCAGCAACAGCAGCGGUGCCAGUAGCAGGCGCCACCUGAACAAGAAAGUCACAGAGCGUGAGUUCAAUCCAGACAUUCACUGCGGCGUCGUGGAUGUGACGGCUCGGAAAACCUGCACAAGAUCCCUAACAUGCAAGACACAUUCCGUGAACCAGCGGCGGGCAGUGCCAGGGCGGAGGAAGCACUUUGACUUAUUGCUGGCAGAGCACAAGAACAGAACAAAGGAGCGGGAGAGAGAGCUCCACCAAACCCAUUCCCAACAGCCUCCCCCUCUCAGGGACCCGCACCCCUCCCUCCAUCUUCCCACUUCUUACGAUGUCCAUACGGUGGCUCAUGGCAACGGCCCCGCCCCAGAGGCCACCAAGAUUCUGCCAUCCAACAAACCCAAAUUUCUCAGCCCUGUUCUUCCACGAUUAAACAACAUACACGGGCCCGGUACCCCAGCGGACCCUGCAAUAGUCCACGAGUCACCGCACCAUCCCCAAAGUACUCCCGAAGGGUUUUCUCGAGCCUCCAGCGAUGAGGGCGAGAAUGAGGAGCGUGAGGAGAACGCUGAGAAAAUGCACUGUCACUAUUCAGGUUUUCACCCUCGACCGGUAGCUUACUGUAAUUUUGGAAGUCGACUGUUUGGGAGAGGCUGUUACUCCUUCGACAGGCGAUGGGACAGAAUGCGAUACGUCCUCGCCGCAAUGAUGGACAAGCACGUCAACUCUCAGAUGUGGAAGAAAAUCCCCUUGGCCUUGGAGAACAGCGCUUCCUUUGCACCUCCCCAUAGGACAAGCACAAACUCCCCCAGUAGCACCCCGUCGUCAGGCUUCCUGUGCCCCCCCGCCAGCAUGCCCCAGACGCCCUAUAGCCAAUCCUUUGAAGGCAAGCCCGCGCUCUCCUAUGGGACCACCUUAAACGCCCGCAGCUCUCCGCAAGGAGGGCCCGAGCACCCGGCCUACGGCACCACGCAGGCCCGACAAGUGUCUUCGUCGCCGCAGAUGCCUUCAGCCCACUUGUCUUCGUCCACCUCCCCUUUAGCUCCUUCACUCGCCUCGGGCCGGGCGCCGAAGUCCCGUCCCUCCGGCAGCGGCGGCGGCGGCGGAGCGACCAAGUCAUUGUCCGUCAGGCCCAAGGAGAUCUCCGCUGGCUCCUCCGCACCCGUCACCCCCACCUCAGUCGGCGUGGCCAGUAACAGUAGCAGCACCAGCUUCAGCUCGGGAAAGAAGAGGAAGAACAGCUCUAUCCUCUCGUCGUCCCAUAGCUCCUCAGAACCCGCGAAUGCUACCUAUUCUCCCUCGCCCUCUUUCAAGAAGAACUGCGCAAACGUCGGCAGCUCAGGGAGCACCUACCACCACCACCACCACCACCACCACGGCGGCUCACUCGGUUCCUCGUCCUCUUCGCUAUCUUCCUCCCACAGCGGCGUCCACAGCGUGGGCCUCAACUGCGGCCCCAGCGUGCGCACCAACUCUCUCAGCCUCAAGGCCGAGCUUUCCGCGGGGUCGGUAGGCGGCUCCUCGGGCCCGCCGGCGCGAGGCCCCCCUUCCGGCAGCCCCGCCGAGUCCAUCAAGCGGAUGAGCGUGGUGAUGAACAGCAGCGACUCCACCCUCUCCCUGGGGCCUUUCGUCCACCACCAGCCCUCCGCCGACCACCACGCCGCCUUCGGCCACCACUCCUCAGACGGCCGCCUGGAAGGCAAGAAGCGGAAAAGCUCCCCUGCCUCCGGCGGCAUAAAUAGUGGCGUCGGGGGAGGCGGACUCGGGCCGGGUGGGGGUCCUGGACCCGGUCGACCCAAGGUGCCCAAGUCGCCUGCCAUCAACAAUAUCCACGGCAAGCACGGGCGGAACGUUCCAGGGACGCCGGGGCUACCGAACAACUCUCAUUUACAUCAGCCAAAGGCCCGUCCCUGACAGUGGUGUCAGCCCGCCGAGUGUGUGGAUGCGGCCCGAUGACGGGGAAUCGUCCGGAGCACCCCGCUCUGGACUGUAAGAGGCCUUCUCAAACGAAAACCCACAAUACUCUCAGUUUCCCGCAAUCCUCAGGUUGGAGAUGAUCUGGACUGCCCGGUCAAGUGAAAAAGGUCCGUACUCUUUCUCCCAAAGCCAUGUCUGUUGGAGGGGGGGGGGGGGGGGGCGAUAGGGACAAGGGGUGCUCGGUGGCGACACGUCCACUUGCGGACCUCCGCUCGCGUGGCCUUGUCCCGGGUAUUCCGAAAGGUCUUCCAGAGACGCUCUCGGCGCGGGAGGAAGGAGAGACGACAGCCAUGAGUCUCCAGGGUGCACUUUGGUUCCGGUUAAGGGCUGCUCUGAGCUCUGCGGCCGCGAGCUGUCAUGACGCUGAGCAAGUGGGGAGACGACUAGCCGAUCUCUUCCUUGUGCGUGCGUGUUUGAGCCUUUUGAGCAUUUAUUCAAUGUCCUACGAAUGCGUUGAACUGUCCCCAUGUCCUCAUACGCUUUUUGUCCUCACCGGUGAGACAAUUCAGCACAGGAGCAAGAACGUCUGCCGUCUCUGCGUGACAUUUCUGCAUGCGAGUCGAGCAAAAUAUUCUAGUCGUGAGGCAAAACUGCACUCGUUGACAUCUGCGCACUACUACGACUACCACUCGAGAAGCGUGAGUCGUUAACGAUUUGAAUUUUGUCAUGUCCCUAGGACCGAAUUUUCCACACUAAAAGGUGCACCGGAUUAUGAGGCGCGCUUUCAAUGUAUGGCCUGUUUCGUAAUUAUUUUCAUAUAUCGGACGCACCGCAUUAUAAGACGCAGUCUACAAUGCAUCCACUAGAUGGAGCCAUGCUCGAGGAAAUGCCAACAGAACGAUCAGAUGUCAGUAAAACGUAUUUAAUAAAGCAGCGACACGUUCAACAACCAACAGCAAGUUAUAACAUUGACCCGUCAACGAUUAACUCUCUCUUGCCGCUGCUCUAUUUCCGUGUUCAACUGCGCUGUGAGCUUUUCAGGAAAUGGAAGGCUUUUAGGUGCGCCUUUUUAGUAAUAAUAAUAAUAAUAAUACAUUUUAUUUAUAAGCGCCUUUCAAGACACCCAAGGACACUUUGCGGAAAAUCCGGCAGUACGAAACCUAAUCAUUUUGCCACGCUCGUCCUUUCCACUAAUGUAUGACAGUUUGGAACACUCAUUCAAUGGCUCCAGCGCAGUCGUGCAUGUUAUCAGUACCGUUGGUGACCUUAUAAAAUGUUCGUAGUCAACAUUUAACUUCACCGGCGGUACUUGUCGCGUACAGAUCUCAGAUGUCCUCGCUAGGAGUCGCGGAACGACGUGUUGUUCAUCCGUGUGGCCGAACCGCUAUGAUUGGUGACGUGAAGAACUUCUACUCGUCAACCUCUCGCACCUUCGUAGAACUAGUGCGCGGAUGUCAGCGCAGUUUUUGCAUCUUGACAAAAAGGUAGUGGACGAGAGAACCGGAUCACGGCGGUCCACGCACUUUUCCGGCAUUUUGUAAUUCGAUAAAAGAAAACCUUUGGCGAUGAUUCUUUGAGCCGAUUUGGAAUCUGAAAAUGUCGGAGCUGGAAAUGACAACGCGACAUGUCAAAUACGUAGUGCGCCAGCUUUCGGAAUGCUAACGCACAGCGAGCCGCCUCCGAUUAAAAAUUUUCUGUCGACCGGUGUCACUAUUGAGGACAAAGCGCAUACAAGUCAGUGGAUAAAUCCUCAAACGGCUUUCCAUGUGUGUGAAAAAACGAUGAGCGCGUGUUGAAGAGGCUUUUCCUCAUAUCAGAUUCUGCUCGACUACUGGAAUUUGCGAUUUGAUUUUUAGCCACCCGGCGCCUGAUCUCAGAAACCUUGCAAAGAGAGCUGGAGAGGCGGCAAACGCGCCCGCUCCACCUUCACGCGAUCACCUUAAUCGUUUUUCGUGCUUCUUCAAGUCGGACUUGCCCGGCUCAUUUUGAAAAGGGGCCGGUCGGGAUGACCCUUGUGUCCGUGUUUUUAUUUUAGUGCCCCGCAGAAUUAUGCAAGUGUGACCUUAUUCCACUUUUUCUUACGAGCUUUUACACUGUACCACAAAGAGUCUUCGUCGAUGUGCCCGAGGACGGUUGCGCUUUCAAAUUGGGGGAAACGGGGUCACCCGGCUCGCCCCGUCUUUUGUCCGAUGGGACGCAUUUGAAGCGAAUUUCAGAAUCUUGUCCAUGUGCAGAAUGCUCGCCAUAGUAGGGCCGCUUCCCAACUGUGAACAAAACUCAACUUCUCGCUGCACAGGCAACGCUUGUGUUGAGAACGAGGCUCGCCCAAAGCGGUUGAAGGCGCGUGUGGAUGUCAAGAAUCGGUGCAAAAUCUUUUCUCAAAGUAUCACAAUUACUGUGGGAGAUCCACAACUGCCUGUGGACUGAUGUGGGUUGUUUUGGGGGGGUUGUUGUUUUUUUUUUGCUCCCCUCCUCCCUUCUGUCUUGCAUAGGGAAUCAGGUAUGGUACGUCUUAACUGGAGCAGACUUUUAUGCACGUCAACGGUCUUCUGUGGCUGUUUUGUCCCUCGUCCCAGGAUGUUGAGUUGUGGCACAUGUCUCGGCCGAUGUUGGGUGUGAAGCGUCAGUUGUACCUUGAAUUCCCCCCCCCCCCUCGAGCCAAAAAUGGAGUCUUAAAUCAGGCGGUACUUCCCAGUCUCGGUGGGACGUUUGCUUCUUUUUGAGCAGUUUCAAGAUGGCUUUGCGGCGUGAGAUUCAUGCAGAUGGCUUCACACAAGGACAUAUUUCAAAACGUUUGGCAGCACCAGUUGAUAUCUGGAAACCUCCACUGAUGUCAGUCAAGAGUGGAAAGUGGAGUUUUAUUAAACACCUUUAGUUUGCCCUGCCCCCACCACUCCUAUGUAGUUAAAGAACUACCCCUAUUUGGGGGAAACAAAUAUUUUGUUAACAAAUUGUACAUAAAUCAAAUGUGUAUUUUUGCACAGGCUUUUUUUUUCUUUUUUUUGUACGUGCAGGAAUUUUUGGGUACCAUUUUGAAGAGUCGUUAUUUAUUUAGGAGGCGCAGAAGAGAAGCCGGAAUUUGAUUAUUUAAAGUGUUUCACUGCCAAGUCUAUAUAAUGCAAUACGUGGAGAUAUAUAUAUAAAUAUUUACAGUAUGUAUAGAAGCCUCUCAUGAAUCACGGACUGAGGGUCCCCGAAGGGACAAAGGUGAAGUGUUUUCCCACUGUAGCAUGCGUCUGUUGGACAGCGAAUACCUUUAUUCACUUUUCAAGGUCUCAAAUCACACGUGCUUUUACAACACAAAUUUUGUUGCCUCUGAAUCAAACACGACUAAUGUACCCGUGUGGCCCAAUCAGCCUGUGACCGUCUCGUGCGCCGCGGGCUUUGUCUCAAUGGACCCGCCAGUCAUACACUUGACCUUAAACAUGUUUCUUGGUUGUUGUUUUAGAAGGCUGAAGGGACGAAUCUAUUUUUUUUUUGGAUAGUCAUUGCCAAACAAGUAAUUUGAAUCACAGCUUUUU